CAUACACCCAUACAAGACUGUGUCAGUCUUGAAGGGAAGCUUCUUCCUGCCUGAAGGAACCACCUGAAAAAGGAAGAGGUGACCCCAACAGAAGCCUAGAAAGAUGCUUAUUAGAGUCAACACUUGCCACAUUCUCAUCGCCUCAGCGUUUGUCCUGCUCUUCAUAUUCUCGUCUUGGAGAAGACAUGAGUGGCACCAGGGAGCCUGUGCCUCCAACAGGACUCACGUGCUGAUUCUCUCUACCUGGCGCUCUGGAUCCACUCUGGCAGGCCAACUUUUCAGCCAAAACCCAGAGGUCUUCUACUUGAUGGAGCCUGCAAAGCACGUGUGGGUCAGCAUGCCUUGGGGCAGCCCUGAGCUCCUUCAGGGGCCGCUGCGGGACUUGCUGCGCUCCGUAUUCCUGUGCGACAUGACAGCCCUGUGCUCUUACAUCAAGCAGCCCAGCAAGGUCUACCAGGUCUUCAUGUGGUUCAUGAGCCGGGCCUUGUGUUCUCCUCCAGCCUGUGAAGCCUUCAGCCGCUCUGACAUCAUAGAUAUGGCGGACUGCAAAGCUCGUUGUGGUCACUCCCCUAUAGAGAUGGUUUCAGAGGUCUGCACCACUUACAGCCACGUUGUGGUCAAGACUGUACGCUUUUUCCAACUGGAAGCACUUUAUCCGCUCCUGACAGAUCCUUCCCUCAAUCUCCACGUUAUACACUUGGUCAGGGACCCCCGGGCUGUGUACGCUUCCCGUCAGAUCGUCUCCCUUUACUUUGACGAUCUGCUCAUCAACAAUGCUGUCAAUGCCACCCCCAGCACCCCUGUGGUCAUGCGCAAGAUCUGCCACAGCCAGGCCGGGAUGUACCUCACGGCCUUGAACCAACUGCCUCCAGCUCUGAGGAGGCGGUAUCUCCUAACACGGUAUGAAGAUCUAGUGAGGGACCCCGUCAGGCAGUUGGUAGAGUGGUACCGUUUCACUGGCUUGACUUCCUCCCGUAAGCUUGAGGCUUGGGUGUACAACAUAACACACCGGCCUGCCAUCAAUGCCGACCAAGCCAAAAUCGAUCCCCUGGGGAUACAGAAAAAUGCCCACAUGGUAUCACAGGCUUGGAGGAAGCGCCUCAACUUCCAGGAAGUGAAAGAAGUGCAAAACAGCUGCCAACUAGCGAUGAAAGUCUUUGGCUAUAGACAGGUGGAGUCAGAGCAGGAGCAGAGAGAUUUGAUGUUGGACCUUGUCCUUCCCAAAAAGAAAGAUCAGUUC